AAACCCAUCAAGCACAAGCAACUUAUAUAACCAAAUGUCAAAAAAUCGGCGUUACAUAUCAGAUAACUGUAUCCCCUGUCAAAAACCAUCAACAACGUGCUUGCUCCACCAAAGCUUGGUACCGCGCACGUGUCUCCCCGACGUCCCCAGAUUGGCGCCGAGAUGAAAUUAGAGAACAACAACCACCAUGCAAACAGCAACAAUACGACAACGCCAUCACUGAAAGGCUUACGACUACACUGUUUUGCAUGGUGUUGGACCCUUUUUUAUAACUUCCGGCGAUGGAAAAUUAACGGACAAAUACGAAUGUCUCUACACUCCCGUGUAAUUGGUUAUAUGCCAAAAUGCGCCCCAGAGUAUCCGGAGCUUGUAUAACCCUGGACGAUAUUGAAUUGUUUUGAUACAAGAUCUACCACGAGUCCAUUUCUUUUCACGAUGCUCACAGUGUUUAACUCGACUACUCACCUUUAUACAGUCGUUAUUUGCUGCUUCAACAUGGUUUCUCGCUCUUUGUUUACUGCCGGCGCUGCUGCCCUUUCUGUCCUUGCAACCGUUGAUGCUACUUCAUCGUACCUCAAGUACAGUACCGUACCUGGUUACUUUCUUCAGGAUAUUAAUUCCACCUCGACUGAUGGAUUUGAUUAUACCGCGACAAACUUUGGCUUGAUUAAUCAAUCCUAUGACUCAGACGCGUCCUUUGAUCCCGCGGGCACCAAGACCCAGUGGGAGCGUUUUGAGAAUGAGGUUGCCGCGCUGAAUAUCGCCAGUACUGCCGAUGAGAGAUAUGCCGUUCUCUACCUCGGUCGCCAUGGCGAGGGUUACCACAACGUUGCCGAGUCCAGCUAUGGAACGCCAGCCUGGAACUGCUACUGGUCAGAGCUUGAUGGCAACGGAACCUUCGUCUGGGCAGAUGCCAAGGUCACGCCGAGGGGCAUUGCUCAGGCCGAAAGGGCCCAUGCCUUCUGGACCUCGCAGAUUGCUUCCCAGAAGCAGUCUCUCCCAGGGAGCUUCUACACCAGCCCCUUGAUCCGCUGCCUCGAGACCGCCAAGCUCACUUUCGAAGGUCUCGUGACCCCGUUCACGCCUCUCAUCAAGGACUACCUGCGCGAGGGUAUCUCCAUGCACACCUGCGAUCGCCGCAGCACCAAGAGCUACAUCGCCUCCAACUACCCAGGGUGGCCUUUCGACGCCGGCUUUACCGAGAAGGAUGAGCUGUGGACUAAGACCACCGCUGAGACAUCCUCUGCCCAGGAUAAGCGUUCUAAGAACGCCCUAGACUCCAUCUUCCCGUCUGACCCAAGCAGUUUCCUCAGUAUCACCAGCCACUCUGGAGAGAUUGCAAGCCUCCUCCGUGUCCUUGGUCACCGCAAGUUCAGCUUGAGCACUGGCUCUGUCAUCCCAGUUCUUGUCAAGGUUGAGAAGGCCAAGGGCGAUGCGCCAUACACUUCCGUCGCACCAUGGGAGGCUCAGGCUACUUGCAAUGCUCCCCCGAUCACCAGCCUCGCUAAUAUAGGAUGCGUUUGCUCGUCUACAACAUCUGCCUCCGCCUCUGCCUCUGCCUCCGCAUCUGGUUCCGAAUCUGCGUCCGCUUCCGCUUCUACUUCCACUGGUGCUUCGAACUCGACUUUAAGCCUCACAACCUCAACUGUCUACGCGACUUCCGUCCACACUAUUACCAAGUGCCCAGCUACUGUUACGAACUGCCCCAUUGGCUCCGUCACCACCAUCACCUAUGAGGAUUACACCACCGUCUGCCCUGUCGGAAUGGUACCUACCGUGACCCCUGAGGCGCCAUACCCAUCGACCAACGGCACUACAGUCAUCCCACAAAAGCCGUCCUCGUCCGUCUUGCCCACCGGGAGGCCAUCCACUAUCCCUAGCAGCGCAACAAGCCUGCUUACUUCCAGCAUCGCUAUGACUGCUGGAUUUGCAUUGUUUGCUUUCUGGAUGUAGACUUAUUUAUGUCUGGGGGUCGUUUAAUGUAAUAGGUGUAUAUUUUGUACAUACUAUAUUCUUCUAAUCAAAUGCGCAC